UAUAGGUGGCGGUAAUGCAUGAGUUCUAGUGCGAUCCGCCAAUAAAGGAAAGAAGAAGAAGACAGUUCCGUUCAUAGUCAUAUGUUGUCCUUUUGAAAUGGGGAAGCCUACGAUAGAAAACAUGGGAACUGCCUUUAAAUUUUAGUAUACAUGUAUAACCACAUGCGAUUUAACAGUAGCUUACAGCUGAAGUCAUCCAAUAUAGACUUAAUUUUCUUUUAUUUUUCGAUUUUAUGUUGUUUUAACUGUUGACAGAUAAAGCAACAUCGCAAAACCAUCAAGCUGUGUGGGACUUUUAGUAAGACCAAAAUAAAUGACAUCGUGACAUUUUGUGUUGAUGGCGUCUGCUACAGUAAAAUUAGACUUUUAACUCAAACAUUUAAAAGUAUGGAGCCAUGUUUAAAGUUCGCGUUUCGAGAGAGUCUGUGGAAAGUUUCAGCGAAGUGCUGGACGUGGAGGUCUGUCAAGUGCGCAAGAUCACCUUUCAAACGCUCUGUUACAUCAACAUGUGGACGAACACAUCGCAACACAAUAUUGAAUGCUGAGGGACAAUACCUCUCCUUUUGCCAAAGAAGCACAGAUUCAUCGCAGGCAGCUCUUUCUAGUGUUGCUCCAGUGUUUCUUGUGAUGAGGUUUGAGCCAGAUGGGAGCCUGACCACAUUUGCAAAAAAGAAGACUGAACUGUAUCAGGAGAUCGGUUUGCAGGCAAGAGAUCUGAGAUUCCAACACUCAACAAGUGUUACAUCACGGAACAAUGUUAUCAUCAUUCGGAUGGAGUCCCUGAAGGCAGUGGUUACCUCAAGCUGUUUGUUGGUUCUGGAUUUCCGAGGUCUUGGUCUGGAGAAAUGGCUGGUGUUAGAACUUGGGCCACAAUUGGCAGGAGAUGGAAAUUUGGCUACUUACUCUCUACCUUUUGAGUUCAGAGCUCUGGAAGCCAUUCUGCAGCACAGGGUGAAUGUACUGUAUACACGGCUGAAUGAAGUUCAACCUCAGGUUUUGGAUUGCCUGGACUCGCUGGUCGACCCAAAGCUCCUCUCUGCUGACCGCAGCAAACUCCAUAUGCUCCUACUUAACAGCAAAAGCCUCUCAGAGCUGGAGACAGACAUUAAAGUGUUCAAAGACAGUCUGCUAAAGAUCCUGGAUGAAGAUGAACUGAUAGAUGAACUCUGCCUCACUAAGUGGAGUGACCCGCAAGUGUUUGAGGAGAGCAGUUUGGGCAUAGAUCACGCUGAAGAGAUGGAGUUAUUGCUGGAAAAUUACUUCAUGCAGGCAGAAGAGCUGGGCAACAAGGCCAGAGAGUUGAAAGACCUCAUUGAUGACUCUGAAAGCGUUAUUUUCAUUAACCUGGAUAGUCACCGAAAUGUCAUGAUGCGCCUGAACCUCCAGCUCACCAUGGGAACCUUCUCUGUCUCCUUGUUUGGGCUUAUGGGUGUGGCGUUUGGGAUGAAUUUGGAAUCUACUUUUGAAGAGGACCCACGUGUGUUUUGGCUGGUGACAGGAUUCAUGUUUCUAGGAAGUGGACUUAUCUGGAGAAAGCUUCUCUCUUUUCUAGGCCGACAUUUAGAACCCAGCUCUCCAACUCCUAUCCCCCCUGUUUGGAGGAAAAAUCAAAUUGGCCCUUUAAAAACUACCGAUAUUAAACCUGGAACAAGAUAAUGAAAUAUUGUAUAUAUUUAUAUUUUUUUCAAUAUCCACCCCCACCCCCACCCCUUCCAUUCCUGUAUUUCUGAAUGUUAUGCAUGCUGUAUUGUUUUCUUCACUAUUAUAUGCUGCUCAUAUCAGUCUAUUUGAACAUUUCGUUUAUCUACUUACAUUUAUUGACAGUGGAAACGGCCAUAAAAGUGUACCAAACCGAACCGUACCACUCAGUGGAAACGGGCCAUCAUAGAUACUGUGUGGUACCAUGUAGACCAUUUUUAUCUUACUUUCUGUUGUUUAUCUUUUGAAUUUUCUUGUCACCAUCAUUGAAGUACAUUAGAUGUAUUUAAUUGACAGAUGCGCCGUCUUUUCAGAAAAGGAAAUGAUCUGCCAUGAAUAGGUUUAAUAAAACUACAAUAUUUUUUAUAA